AUUAGUACGUCAUGCAGUUGUCUCGUGAACGCGUUAGAGCGCCGCAUCUCGUAUCGAAAAAUGUAAAAUAACUACAUUAAUACAUAAAAUAAGCACAUUACGUAUAUAGUGAGAGUACUUUUGUGAACUGUUGACGUUAUCGAACAUAUUUACGUGUACAACGGUGUUGUGAAUGAACAAAAAGAGCGGGGAAAAUUCAGUGGCAGUGACGAUCAUAAAUCUAUUUAUAGCUAAGCCUGUGGCGCGUUAUUGUAUUUUUUUGAGAUUGUACAGUGUUAUGGUAAAAAAUAAUCAUUCCAACUGGGCUUUAACACUAAAAUAAUCGAUGUUUAUUUUCUGUACUAUGGAAUAAUUUAUAUUUACAUAUAGAACUGAGCCGCCUAAACUAGUUGACAGUUCACAGAUACACACAAGCUAAAAUCGUUGCGCAUGUGGGUGUGCAUUGAGCAGUGAUGUGAAAUUCUUGCGCUUAUCGAUUAGCUAGAUAAUUUCAAGGACGAUAGUCGAUACGUCUUGUAUAAUAUGGUAUUUGUAAAUAGUAUUAUAACCGACGAUUGAUUGUAAUCGUUGAAUAAUUAAAGUUUUAUUAACAUCUUGGAUCAUGGAGUCUCUUCAGAUGAACAGAAAUGAUUCUGAUGAAGCGAUGCGCAGCGCAUCGACUUCAAGUUCAAAUCAGCUUUUCAUGACUGAAAGUUUAGACCUACCAGACGACACAUUUCGUAUGAGUCUUGAUUAUAUGUCAGUAAUCGGAGAAAAUGUUACAAUAGGUGAUAGAGAUGCUUCUAUUGAUAGUGUUACAAGCAACUUAGUUAUAGAUACACAGACACCAUGUAAUACUCCCGUAGAGACAGAUAACUCUUUCACACCUACUAAAGAGCACUCACCACCUAUAUUAGAAACGCCAAAACGCAAUGAAGACGUAAAAGGGGCUGUAACAAAACAGAAUCUACUCAAAUUGUCAUUAACUAAAAAUAUUGAUGACGGAUUUGUAAAGCCUUGCUCGGCUACGGAGAUCAUGUCUCCCGCCAAAAUGUUGCAAUUCGAAGUGGACUUUGUAAAGAGCUCGACGCCAACUAUGAAAAGAGCUGUUAUUGAUUUUAACUUUUUUAAUGAAAAUAAUUUUGAAGAAUAUUUCGAAGAUGUACCCAAAGCUACGUCUGAUAACGAAGAGAAAACUGAUAAGGCUUUUAAAGAAAUUCCCGUUAUAGUGAAGGCAGACACAAUUCGUCACGAAAUAGGUUACGUUAAUCUCAACAGCGCAUCUAAAGUGGACAUAUCACAUUUCGACUUGCUCAAAGUACUUGGAACUGGAGCUUACGGCAAAGUGUUUCUAGUUAGAAAAAGAUGUGGCGUCGACGAAGGGAAGCUAUACGCUAUGAAGGUGCUCAAGAAGGCUUCUAUUGUACAGAAACUAAAGACUGCGGAACACACACGGACAGAGAGACAGGUCCUAGAAGCUGUGAGGGUGUGUCCGUUCCUCGUGACACUUCACUACGCCUUUCAAACCGAUGCCAAGUUACAUCUCAUUCUGGACUACGUCGCCGGAGGGGAACUGUUCACGCAUCUCUACCAACGAGAACAUUUCCACGAAAACGAAGUUCGUAUAUACAUCGCAGAGAUCAUACUGGCGCUCGAGCAGUUACAUAAGCUCGGCAUUAUUUAUCGUGACAUCAAACUGGAGAACAUACUGCUGGAUGCGGAAGGGCACAUAGUGCUGACAGAUUUCGGCCUCUCGAAGGAAUUCUGCGGUGGUGAAAGCAGAGCAUACAGCUUCUGUGGUACCAUCGAGUACAUGGCGCCUGAAGUCGUACGCAGCGGUAGCCAGGGUCAUGAUAUCGCGGUUGACUGGUGGUCUGUUGGCGUCCUCACUUACGAACUGCUGACAGGCGCGUCACCGUUCACCGUGGAGGGAGAGAAGAAUACCCAGCAGGAGAUAACCAAGCGUAUAGUUAGAUGCAGCUACCCCGUACCGAACGACGUCAGUCCAGAAGUGCAGGAUUUUAUUAAGAAACUUCUAGUAAAAGAUCCUCGGCGUCGUCUCGGCGGCGGAGAGGGUGACGCGGAGGAGUUGAAAAGACACUCAUUUUUCCAGAACUUAGACUGGGAAGCGGUAGCCCGUCGCGAAAUAUCAGCGCCCUUCGUGCCUCAGCUAUCACAUGCCGCCGAUACUUGCAACUUCGCCGACGAGUUCACUAGAAUGCCACCCACUGACUCACCUGCUCAAGCUCCCAAGCAUCAUGACAAGCUCUUCCUUGGUUAUUCGUACGUAGCUCCAAGUAUACUCUUUUCCGAGAAUGUAAUAUCCGAUCAGAUAUGGAUGCAAGCUACUGGACAGAAACACGACAAACUAAAAGGAUGGGUAGCGAAGGAUUCGCCUUUUUUCCAAAAGUACGCUGUGGACCUGAGUACGCCCCUGCUUGGAGAUGGAUCGUACGCUGUGUGUAGAAAAUGUAUACACAGACAAACGGGCAAAGAAUACGCUGUGAAGAUAAUAUCAUCACAGAGAAAAGACGUCAAACAAGAAAUCGAAUUGCUCAAAGCGUGUCAAGGAUGCCCUUACAUUAUAACCUUACAUGAAGUUUUUCACGAUUCGGCGUUCACGUACAUCGUGACGGAGCUGGCGCCGGGCGGCGAGCUGUCGGCGCUGCCGGGCGGCACGGGCGGCGCGGGCGCGGGCGGCGCGGGCGAGCGCGUGGCGCGGCGCGUGCUCGUGCAGCUCGCGCUCGCCGUGCGCCACAUGCACGCGCGCCUCGUCGUGCACCGCGACCUCAAGCCCGAGAAUAUUCUUCUGAGCAGUACACGUUUAAACGAGGCGAAGGUGAAAGUGGUCGACUUCGGCUUCGCGCGACGGCUGCCCGACUGCGACGAACGGCAGCGGAUGAUGACGCCGUGUUUCAGCCUGCCGUACGCGGCGCCCGAGGUGGUGUCGUGCGCGCGCGGCGGCGUGGCGGGCUACGGCGCCGGCUGCGACCUGUGGAGUCUGGGCGUCAUAUUCUACUGCCUGCUAUGCGGCAAGGCUCCCUUCCAACCUAUCUCGAAGAAGGAACCGGUCACGGCUUUCAUGGAUAGGAUCAGAAGCGGUAGCUUUACUAUGGAAGGUCCAGCGUGGGAUAACAUAUCCGAAGAUAGUAAGCGCCUCGUGUCGGGCUUGCUCGCAGUGGAGCCCGCCGAUAGAUUGACUGUCAACGAGCUGCUACAAGAGUUGGGAGUUAAUUUCCAAGAUGGAAACAACUUCAAACUACAGGAUAUGACCAAAGCUGAUCUCUACAAGCGGCGUAGUAAAAAUAAACAAAGAAAAUCCAGCACUUCCGAGCCGGGCACUUCUAGACAGACGGAAACGACUACGGACACUGAGGAAUCUAAGGAGACGUCACUCUUGGAGACCAUAAACAACCUUAAGAAUAGAAUGAACAAGAAUUCCAUAGAGAACGACGUGGAACUCAUCAAGGCCAACACCCAAGACACGCCCGUCAACGAGGCAGACGAACCGAGCUUCGACAUUAACGACGACAUACCGUCUGUUAAACCAGUAGAAAAGACAUACGGUAAAUCUAGGUCUAAGCUAGACGAAUAUAUUUAUAUAGAAAGUAGUCAAGGCUUAGAAGAUACGGAAGUCGCCUUCCCAAAGACGAGUCGGAAGAAGAAAGAGUCACAAUCACCGGUACCGCGGAAACGCAGAAAAAUAGAUACUCGAUCCGCCAAAAAACAAAAGGUCAAUGGAGAUACUACAGAUUUGAAAAAUAAAACGCCAGAGAAACGUGGCAGAGGACGGCCCAAGAAGAUUCCAGAAGCCGACGAGAAGAAAUCUAGAACAACCAAAGAGUCUAUCGAAAACGAUAAAACUAUCGUCACUAGAGCGACUCGUAAACGUAAGUACGAGGAAAUCGAAAAGCCGGUUCUCAGAGAAAAGGGCCAAAACGGCCGGCAGUCGAGGAAGGCGAGUGCGGAAACUAAAACCGAAACGCGCAAGGUUGCCAAAGCAAAAAGAACCGUAGAGCCAUUGCAAUUAGAACUACAGGACACACAAAACGUGAGAAUGACUCGUUCGAGGAGGAGACGCCUGGAAAUAAGCCUCUCUCCCUCCGAAGUGAAGAGCGUUAUACCGGCUUUUUCAUUCGAAUCCGACCGAAGAGUUAACUCGAUCGAGAGCAAUCGAUCCAAAACUUCUAAUGCCAAAGGAAAAAAUAACCUUAAAGGGAAGAAGAAUACGAGUAAAGCGAAAAAGCCUCCCGUUCGCACCACGAGAACUCGCGCUAAUCGUAGGUGAAAUAAAGUCGUUCCUACACAAGUAAGUCCGAUUUAAUUUUCCAAAAAAAAAAAAUUAAA